ACAUUUUACACUCACAUACACACACCCUCAGUCUUAAUAAAGACAUCAUACAUACAUACAUGCAAUAGUGCAUUUAUAUGUAGAUUUAUCCUUCUUAACAAAAGUAGACAGCAUGAGCCUGAAACGAGCCUGCAUCUUCCUCCGAGGGGGGAAAAGGAGACAAAGAAAUCUCACUCACGAUGAGGUCAAAGAAUUACGUGUGGCAUUUGUGGAGUUUGACAAAGACAAAGAUGGCUUCAUAACCUGUAAACAUUUGGGCAACCUGAUGAGGACGAUGGGUUACAUGCCAACUGAAAUGGAGCUGAUAGAACUUAGCCAAAACAUCAACAUGAAUUUGGGAGGACGGGUGGACUUUGAGGACUUUGUGGAACUGAUGACCCCCAAGCUCCUGGCUGAAACUGCAGGCAUGAUUGGACUAAAAGAACUUAAAGACGCUUUCAGAGAGUUUGAUAUUGACGGUGAUGGUUCGAUCACAUCCGAUGAGCUGAGGCACGCCAUGCUGAAAUUACUGGGCGAACAAGCCAACAGAAAAGAAAUUGAAGCAGUGGUGAAAGAAGCUGACAGCAAUGGGGAUGGGACUGUGGACUUUGAGGAGUUUGUGAAAAUGAUGUCACGGAAGUGAAGACAACAAAAUAAUGUGAAUGCAUUUGUAUUAUCUACAUACUGAAUACGGCCUGCUUUACUUCUCCUCCUUAUUCAAUUUUAUGGAAAACAAUUUCUCUUUGAUUUAAAAAAAAGAAGAAGAAAUGUACAGUAUAUACUACCUGUAAAUGCGCUAAUACUGCUAUACAGACUAUAAAAGGGGAGUUUGCGGUUUUCAAAAAUAAAACACUUGUUGUCAUAUUUAUUCAAGCAAACACUAUGACAUGACAGUAGUACAUGAUAAAUAUAACCUAUGAACAAAUCAACCAUCUCUGGCCCCAUCCUUUGCCUCUAAUUUGAUAUACAAGGACGAGGAAAAACAACCAAUCAGAAGACAACAAAAGGCGUGAUUUAUGAGGUGCCAAUCAUUUGUCUCGCACUCGCAGGCACACUCAUCAUGGGCACACCCGGCGGCCUCGCACUGACCUGUUACCUUGUUACCCCAGAAAAGCACCUUAUUCAUAAUGGAGUAUGAUUGCACUCAAUGUUAUCAGUUUUAAGUUUCAUUUUUUUGCAAAGCCGUGAGUUUGUGCCCGCAAUGAGUGUGCACGCCAAUGCACAUCAAAUGAUUGACACGUCAUAAGUUAUGCCUUCUAGCUGCGUCUUCUGAUUGGUUGUUUUUCCCCAGGCAUGGUGGUUCCUUGUCAUAUCAAAUUAGCGGCACAAGAUUGGAUCAGAGAUUGCACGUUUUUCUUCACACGUAUUUACUGUAUGUCUAUUGCUGUUGUAUUGUAUUGUAUUGUAUUAUAUUAUAUUGCAUUGUAUUGUAUUGUAUUGCAUUGCAUUGUAUUGUAUUGUGUUGUGUUUGUCCACAUGCGGUUUAUUUCAGCUGUACAUUAUCAAAUAUGAGUCACUAGAAAAUACAUGUAAAUGGACAAUCCAAAAUAAAUUAGAUACUAAAUCAAAAUUGGGCAAUGCAGUGUAAUCCCAGCAUUUAUAACAUUCCAUACCCGAAAGAUCCAUAAAUGCAAUAUCAGAUUUUCUAUUGCGGUAAAUAAAGGUUAUCAAAUAUUUUGUGGGUUAUCAAUUUUGGGGGUUUUACUUUGAGAAAAUGGGGGAUAAAGUAAUAAUACUCUCAAUAUACACCUUUGCUCUCAGACAUCCCAAAAGAUCAAGAAGAUGAAUCCAUAUUUUUCCCUCAUAUUAUUUAGCAACAUGUUUUGCUGUAUGGUCCAGAUAUUGACAGCUUGACAGUCACAACCUAAUACUGUACUGUAUAUUUAUAACUCAUUGUCCAUUGACCUCUUUUGAUGCAAAUAAACCAUCCUUUUGA